UUGGGCAGCCAGCAGAGGUACUCGGCGCUCAAGUACCUCUGUAUUACAGCUAGCUGGAACAGUUGGAGUACUUGUGUGACGCUGAGCUGUUGAGAGCGACUGUGUUGCCAUUUAACGAAAGCUCGGUUGUCAUCGUCGGCGUGAUGGAAGUGGACAAAAUGGACGAAGACGACUGGAAGUAUCACGGUGAAGGAAACAAGAGCCUGGUCGUGUCACACGUACAGCUUUCUAGAGUUCUGCGUCUUCUCAAGUAUCCAGCCGAGGAUUCUGAAAACCCACCACAGACACCAGAGCAAGCCUUCAGACAGCUCCAGAACAUUGUUGACUUCAGCUCCAAUGUGAUGAGCAGUCUUCUUGGAGAGAAGUUUAUCCACAGUGGGGAAGUGGUCAAACUGCCACUAGAGUUUGUACGACAGCUGUCAAUCAAAGUUCAGCAUCAUAGACCAGCGUGGCGCUGUGACAAGGUGAUGGAUAUCUACAGUGGCUGUGCUCUCUGUCUGCCCAACCUAACAUCUCCUGUUUUACACCAGCCAACACACACUGCUCCACUGUGCAUCGAGAUCAAGCCCAAGUGUGGGUUCCUGCCAUCCUCCAAACAUGUCAGCAAAGACAUCAAGACCAAAGUGUGUCGCUUCUGCAUGCACCAACACUACAAGGUUGCCAGUGGAAAAUGGAAGAGACGCAGCCUGUACUGUCCUCUGGACCUGUUCUCAGGGAACAGACAGAGAAUGUACUUUGCUGUGAGGCACCUCAUAGAAGAACCACAGAACAACUUCAAAAUUUUUAAGGGCGGUCAGUGUAUUUACAGUAGUAAGGAGGGCAGUGAUGACUCACCGGACCUGAAUUCCCUUCUGCAUCAUCUCAGACCCUACUUCAUAUUCGGAAACAACAGAAUCAACAGUCACAUGUCUGGCAAGGCUGUAAUGAAUGACUUUAUCCAGGUCCUGGUGAAUGCCCUGCUGAGAGGGGGAGGAGGAGACAGCGGGGUAGUGACGGAUAGACAUGGAGAAGGCCGUAGCUUCUGUGAAGCCAGUUUUUUCAACAAAGAGAGGAUUCGCCACGGCUCUCAGGGUUUACCCAGUAGCAGUGUUUUGUUCAGGAUCCUUCAGACUCAGAUGUUGGACACAUUGGACAUUGAAGGACUUAAUCCUUUGUACCGUCGAGUGGAGCAACAUCUGCAGGAUUUCCCUAAGGAGAGAACUCGUCUUCAGAUGGAUGGGCCGUACAACGAGGCCUUCCUGGAGAAGCUACAGAAAUGUCCGGCCGAGGACGAUGGCUCUGUGGAGUACGCUGUUGCCAAGGUCCAUCAGUAUCGUGUUGCCAUGACAGCCAAGGACUGCUCCAUCAUGGUGGCUCUGGUGCCCAGCACUGAGGAAGAGGUGGACGACGAAAGUGUCUCCAGUCAGAGAUGGCUCAGAGAUUUCCUCUCCAGACCUCCUGCUUUCUCCUCUUUGGUCUCCAUUUUGGAUCUGGAUCCAAAGCCAUUUGACAGCAUCCCCCGCCAGUUGCGGCUGGACCAGAACAUUGUCUCCUGCUACUUGAGGACUGGUGGUGCUGUGCCAAAGGGCUCUCUGCCUCCAGUGCCGGGCAUCUUCGUGGCUGCUGAGAGAGAAGACUGCACACUUCUCUUCCACCCUGUGUGAAGGCACAAGCCGAGUGUCACCAUGCUGAUGCCUCAACGAGAGAGGAGGGAUGCCAUGUUGUUUCCAGAGGUCUGGAAACUUCAGACCAGGGCUGUUUAUUCACUGCAGCACUUUCUCCUCCCCAAUCAUCUCAUGUUGACAGGUAUCAUCCUCUGCUGCUCAGCAAAAAGUAAAAAAAGAAAAGAAAAUCUCCAGGAAGUCGCAUACAAAUCACCAGACAUUUAAACGACUUCCAGAUUAUUUUGCUACUCGUUUCUUCAGUUUAAAAUUUAGUUGUGGCCCAACAUCUCUUCUAUCUGGAUGUGAAUCACAACACUCUGAUCUGUCACAUUUCAUUUACAUUAGCAAACAACUUGCAGGAAGAACUUUUCUUUUAUUUGGUGAUAGAAGGGGAGAUUAAAGAGAAGGCUCACAAUCGUAAUUGUACAUGAGUGAUGUAGGAAGUAGGAAUACAUCUGUGGAAAAAGCACAUUCCACAAUUUAUCUGAAGUUAAUGAAGCUUCAGAUACUCGAAUUACACAAAGCUGGAUGUGUUGUUAAGCGAAGUCUUUUUGGUACAAAAUCCAGCUCUCGAUAGAUCUCCUCUCACACUGCAAGACUUAAACAGGAAAUUUAGAAAAAUGUUUCCUUUUUUCAUAAAUUUCCACCUUUUCGUUACUGAAAGCCUGAAGUGUGGUGGAGUGAUCGUAACGGAGGGAAUUUUGUGCAAAAAAGGGUAAACAACAAUAUCCAUGUGGUUAGUCUUGACACACACACACCGCAGAAUUGUCAAACUAGAUACACAAUAAUUGACAGUGUAGAUAAUUAAGGCAAGCAAAACAAUGCAUUGAUGUCCAUAUGGACAACUGAGGAUUGUGAACCUUUCCUUUAAGCAGUCUCUGACUCCCCAUUCCCUGCAGCAGUUCUUAAAAAAGAAAAAAGUGUCAUGGAGAGAAAUUUAAGUUCAACUGUCAAGUACAUAUGAUGUCAUUUCCUGAAUGUUGGCGAGUGGGCCACACUUUGUCCACUUCAGCAUCAGGAAGUUAACAGAAGCACUAGUUACCAUGGUGACAGUCACAGAAGAGUGAAGCAAACAUGGUGGAUCUUAUUGCCAAACAGCCUCAGCUGAUUUAUGGGUUUGUCAGACUCAUAAUUCUUUGCUUUUAUUUGAUGUCAUAGGUUUUCAGUUCAACCCCUCACAGCUGAUCAGUGAGACCUGUUCUCCUGCUCUUAAGUUGUUGUCAGAUAAUUGAAUAGAACGGUUUUGGACAAUUGUUCAGACAAAGCAGAAGACAUUUCUGCAGGCAUGGAGAAAUUGUAAACUUUGUUUUAAAAUAUUUCAUACACUAAAGAGAAUUAAUUUUGUUAACCGAGGAAAUAAUCUGAUUUAUUGAUAAAUAAACUAAUCAUUAGUUGCAGCUCUAAAUAUGAUGAGGUGAUGCAGCAACCAGUGACCACUCACCUGCGCUUCUGCUGCUGGUGGUGGUUGGUUUAAGAGUUUUCUUGUCACAUGAUUGUGUUAAAGGUCAAUGGAGGAAAAUGAAGUGUUCUGAAAGUGUCAGUUUAACUUGCAAUUAGUCUCCUCAAAUAAGUCUGGGCACAUUUUGUCUUCACCUACACUGGUGAAUGGAGUUUGUUAAUACCAUGCUUCUCCACUGUUUGGUUAAAUUGGAGAGAUGAGACCCAGGCCAUUUAAUCAGUGGCACAAUUGUAGUCAACAGCUUUGUGUUUUAGACACUCCACUACACAAAAGUUCAGCUGAACACAUCUCUUAAACUGUUAAAAUUUGGGCUGUCACAGGACUGAUUUAUUUUUUUUCUUACCAAACAAAUUUGUAAAAUGUUUGCUAUCACAUUAACCACAGUGUAGUUAACACAAGCUACACCGAGUAGAAAAAUGGACCAUUUCAAAAGAAGCUAGUUAUUGUCAUCUGUGAUGAAUGUUAUUAAACGGUCAAAGCUGAGCUCAGUUACACGAGUGAAGAAUCAGGCUUCUCCGCUAAUCUGACCAGAAUGCACAUGUGUUGCCACCAGCAAACCAAACCUGUCUGACAACACACAAAAAAACCACCACUAAAAGCUGGAAAAAUGUGGAGGAAAAUAUAGUUAUAGUACUGAAUCACAGACAUUUUUUCUGAUUUUGUGUUCGUGCAGUGGGUGUGAUAACAUAAUGUAAACCGCUGUAUUGCAAUAAUUGUGACAGCCCUAGUUUAAAAUAAUGCAAACUAAUUUGUGCAAACUGACCCUUUUUUAAAUUGGGGCCUCUGAAAUCUUACCAUCCUGGUAAAGAAAGUUCAGUAUUCUAACUUACUGUGUGUCAAGGCCAGGGUUGAUGACAAACUGCAUCACCUUCAUCUGUAGACUGAUUUUUCUGCCCAGUAACAGUAACUGCAUCCCUUUUUUUCUUUUUUUUUUUUAAAAAAGGGUUAAUAAUGAUGAAAUUAUUAUUAUUUUUGAACUGAAUACUAAUGUGACUGUAUGCUUGUAGAGCAGAGUGAAGCAGAAGAAUAACAUGAGCAAGGGUUGCUGGGAAUCGUAGCGCUGUCGUCAUCAGCUUAAUGCUGCUGCUGCUGGUGUUGUGCCAUAAGUGGCUUGUUGUGUGUUUGUUGUGUUUGUCAACGUGCCUAAAUGUUCUGGUAGGAGUGGAGGACAGAGGAUGCUGGUGUGUGUUAGUGUUUGUGUGUUGGUGAAACUCACUUUGUUACAGGCUGCGUUCACAGCUGAGAUCUGAGACGAUCUGCGUAGAAUGGCAUCACACCAGAUUUGGGUUUUGUUGUAGACGCAGCCUUGAACUCUCAGUACCUUGAAUUCCUGAUGAUCUGAACAGAAGCUCAAAGAUUUGAUCAUUUCAAGAGCGCUUGUUGGGUUUCUGAGGACGGUGAUGUCACCCAGAGGUGACAGUGAAACAUAGUAGUUUGUCUUCAUCAGCCAAUGAUUGUUUAUUGAUGUUUUUUUUGUGGAAUUUUGCGUCUAUUCAGAAUUUCUUCUAGUUGUCUGGUAGAAACCAUGUGACCUGUGACCUCAUCGUCCUCUUUAGCCUGAAGUACUCAUGAAGGCUUUUAAUGAACUGGUAACACUUGACUUAAAGUUCCCGUGUUUACAUUGUCCACUCUCUAGCCUCCAUGACCUCCAUCAGCCAGUCAAAUGUAUGCCUUGGACGUAGAAGAUAACAAAAUGAUGAAGUUUAAAAUAAUGACCUUUGUCACAUUUUGACACUGACUGACUGACUUGUAACCACCACAUUUCAGGGUUUGAGGAGUGAAAGGCUGGGAAGUGAACAGUCGUGAAUUGAACCAACCACUGAUCGUUCCAACGGUUAAAACUAAGGUUGCGACAGGCAGCAUGAGGAGGCAGCAGAGGCUCAUGGGAGUUGAGGGGCUCUGAGUGAGACACUUGAGGUCUGGACACAUUUAAACGGCAGCUGUUUGAUGUUAACAUGACUCUGUUUUGGUUGAUUUUUGAAACUUGAAUUGGAUCAAACACAAGGCCCAUGUGACGCAGAGCUGCGUUUAUUUCAUGUGGGAUGAAUUCCCAUGUUUAUGAUUUGAGAGGGUUCACUGUGGAGCGUUAAUUAUACUGUGCUUUAACAAUAAAACACUAAUCAACUCUUUUAUUUAUCUUUAAGGACAGGACAUGGCCUCGAGGCCUACGUAUUUAUAUGAAGUUGGCAGUACCAUUUUUUUUUUUGUAUAUUCGAAUAAAGUCUGUAUCUUUAUAAACUGUUCUAUAGUGUAAGUAGAAAACUUCGGACAAAUGCCAAGAAUUAUAAAGUAAAAAAGAAUAUAUUAAAAUAGUCAGAGCUUUGCAAGAAGCUUCUGUGUUGCCAUGGUUGUCAAUGAUCCACAUGUGAUAAACAUUUUAAUCACUGACAAUCUUUUAAAAACCCUGCUUGUUUGAGUUAAGUUGUUGUGGAAGUAUUUUACAACAUUACCAAAGAUUUUUCCAGCAUUCUUAAAGAAAAAUAUUUUUUCUACUCUAAACAAGUUUUUUUUAAAGCCCUUUUCAUAAUCCACAAAACAGUGGAAAUAUUAAGUAUUGGAAAAUAACAUUGAGCUUGUGUUUCAUUUUCAAUUCAAAGUCAAACUAAAUGGAAAGCAAGACGUAUGUGUGUUUUGUCUUCACCAGAUAUAAAGAGUCACUAAAAACAACUUCCAGGGGGAUUCACAUGAUUGUCAGUGAUUUAAAUGGAUAAUGAUACUAAAACACAAAUCGCAACCUUUUCAUUAUAUUUAUAAAAACUUUGUCCAGACCUCUGUCCACGCAGAGACGUGAAGCUGCGACAGGUGAGCUGUCGUCUGAUUGGCCGGGUUGUCUCUGCCUCCACCUGCUACCUGAGCGUCUACCUGCAGAAACAUCACAGCACUGUGAUCAUACCUACAAACUCCUGAUAACUGCGUGCAUGUGUGUGUGUAAAUAGCUGAGAGAAGAGAACUAUUUGAGAAUACAAAAGGCAUCACUGCUGUUUGGCAUUUUGUAUUUAAAUUAUUUAUUUUUGUAGAUUUUGACCAAUGAGCUCUGCUGUUACAGCUGUCACAGUCGUGCUCUUUCUAUUGAAUAAAGAUUUCUAAGAGACUAAACCAA